AUGGGCUGCGCGAUCUCUGGAUCCGAUCUGACGGCAGCAUCAGGACCGCACGAGAGGAGACACGCAGAUGAGCAUCAUCAGACUCCAGCGCAACUCACACAACAUCAGAUUCACAUCAUCAAAGAGUCCUGGAAAGUUAUCCAAGAGGACAUCGCCAAAGUGGGAAUCAUCAUGUUUGUCCGGUUGUUUGAGACUCAUCCGGAGUGUAAGGAUGUGUUUUUCCUCUUUCGUGAUGUGGAGGAUCUGGAGAGAUUACGCACCAGCAGAGAACUCCGAGCUCACGGCCUCCGGGUGAUGUCGUUCAUCGAGAAGAGUGUGGCCAGACUCGAUCAGUCUGAUCUCUUACAGACGCUGGCGCUGGAGUUGGGCAGAAGUCAUUAUCGGUAUAACGCCCCUCCAAAGUAUUACGGGUAUGUCGGGACAGAGUUUAUUUGUGCUGUGCAGCCCAUUCUGAAGGAGAAAUGGACGCCUGAACUGGAACAGGCCUGGAAGACACUGUUCCAGUACGUCACACACAUCAUGAAGGACGGUUAUCUGGAAGAAGAGAAAAACAAACGCAACCAUGCGGUGACAUCCACCAAAGAAAGACCAGACAAGAGACAGACGGCCAUCUGAAGCCCUCACACAUUCUCACU